AUGGUGAUGAAACUAAUUACAAUAAAUCAUGUAUUAAUAACAGUUCGGGAUGUGUGCACUGAUGUGGUGAUGAUUUUCUGCAAAAUUCCACCAGCUUCAAUGCAAAGGAUGAAGAUAGGCGUACACAAUUAUGGGGAGCGGGGAUCUGUGAAUGUGGACAUCGAUGUUGUUAGGCACCCGGCCAAAAGAGCGGCCGACCUCAACAAAAUUGAGGAGCUGUCCGUGAACAUCGUUGCAUUUGAAUUAGAAAACGGACACAUGGAGAUUGUGAGACUUGGCCUAAAACGCGGUCGACCCCAACAAAAUAAAAGGCUGUCAGUGGACAGCGUUGCAUCUGGAAUUCAAGAAUGGAAACGUGAAAGUUGUGAGCCUUUUUGA